AUGCCCCGGAGACGGCAGGCCCUGGAGGGCACGCCGCCCCCAGACAGGCAGGACCAGCCAGUGCCCGACAGUACAGGGCAAAGCAGCCCCUCCACCUCCGCGCCGCCCAGCCCCAGGCAGCCCACGCCCCCCAGGGAGGACGCCCGCGCCAGUCCCGCGCCGCACCCCACCACAGACAAGGAGUCCAGCUCCCCGCCGCCGCCGCCGCCGCCUCCGCCUCCUCCGCCACAGUCGCCGCCCGCGUCCACCAAGGACCAGCUGCUGAGGAAAUUCAAGUUCCAUCUGUCCAAACAGCUCAAGGCGGCAAGAAGGGAACCCGCGCAGCAGAGGAAGAGACGCCAGACGCCCGCCAGGCAGCAGACACAGCAGCAGCAGCAGCAGCAGCAACAGCAGCAGCCACCGACAGGCAGGAGGAAAGCCGCCGCGCCAGCAGACAGGAAGAAAAAGCGGAAGCUAGUGAGGGUCCUGCAGCAGGGCGAGAAGCGACCAGCUCACCAGUCUCUUCCUAGCUGUGUGAGGGGCGUGUGUGUUGCCCCUGGCCGCUCCCGCACAGAGGAUACCCAUAGGAACCCCCAGGGAAGGAGCCACGGUGCCCCUGGGAAGUUUGAUACAAGAGUCACCACACACGUGCCCCACACCUGCAGCAGGUGGCUUCGGGUGGUGACGUACCGUGUCAUUGCAGGGUGCGGCUGGCGACGUGACCCGCGCGGGCGUGGCGGCAGCAGCGUCACCAGUGAGGCAUCUUCAGGAGAGGAGGACGGCCGCCGACCCCCGCCACGUUCUUUCACACCCUCGGCGGCGCCACUAGACAAUAGUCGUCUGAGGGGCGAUAGCGACGCCGUCAGUCUCUCCUCGUCGUCGCCGUCGUCGUCAUCGUCGUCGUCGUCCAGCGGGAGCAGCACCCCUGAGCCGGAGCUCCCCACGCGGCCGCCCUCACGCCGCGUCGCCGCCAAAGCCGCCCUCCUCCGCCGCCAGAAGCUCGGGGUCCACGCCCCCACCGGCGGUAAGCGCGGCCCCGCAGCCCACCGCCGCCGCUCCCCCCAAGCCUGGCGCAGCCUCUCGCCCCCGUCUCGUGCCCCCCGCACGCCCCCGCCCACAGCGCGUGGCCGCGGCACCCCGGACAAGAACGCUGCGGGCGGCGAAGACGGCCGUUGCCUCAAGAGGAAGAACGUCAGCCCGACGCGCGCCCCCGGCAAGGCCCACCGCCACGGCCCCCGUGGCGCACAGGCCCCCAGGCAACCCCCGCGUUCUCCCCACUCCCCGGUGAACAGUAACAAGGUCCCGGAGGCCCCGCCCCGCCGCGCCCCCAAGACACCCUCCCCGAAGCCCCCCGAGGCUAAGCCUGCUCCCGACGCGGCGCCCAAGUCCCCCGCUACCCCCUCACCUCCUGAGGCUAAAAGUCCCCCCGCCGCAGACCCCAAGGCCCCCAGCCCCGAUGUGAAGGAGCCCCGCAACCCGGACCCCAGGCCAACCCGCACCCCGGACACCAAGGCGCCCCGCAUCACAGACGCCAAGGCACCGCGGACUCCCGAGGACAAGCCCUCCCGCACCCCUGACGCCAGGCCAUCGCGCACUCCGGAAGCCAGGUCACCCCGCACCCCGGACGCCCGAUCGGCCACCCCUGAAGCAAAACCACUCACGCCGCCCCGCGCCAAGUCACCGCCCGCGCGGAACAUCAAGGCACCAGCUGACCCAAAGCCCCCCUCACCCUCUGAGGCUAAACUCUCCACUAACCCCCUGGCCAAGCCCUGCCCAGCCCCUGAUACCAAGCCCCUUCCAUCCCCAGACCCCGAGACCCCAACCCCUGACGCCAAGCCCCCACCCCUUGACACCAAGCCACCUCUCACUGAACCCAGGCCGCCACCCACUGACGCCAAGCCCCCACCUGUCCCUGACACCAAGCCCCCACUUACCCCUGAUGCCAAGCCCCCACCUGUCCCUGACACAAAGCCCCCACCUGCCCCUGAUACCAAGCCCUCAUUCCCAGACCCCAAGGUCCCACUCCCUGACAUCAAGCCCCCACCCCUUGAUGUAAAACUCUCCCCAGUCCCGGAGUCAAAGCACACAGCCCCUGACACCAAAGCCCCGCUCACUGUCCCUCACAGCAAGCCCCCUGACCCUGCCACUGACCCUGCCCCUGCCCAGGGCCCUGUCCCAGACAUCAGGCCCCAGUCGCCUGACAUCAAAAUCUUGGGUCCUGACACCAAGCCUGCUCCACCCCCUGACGCCCCACACCCUAAGCCCCUCAGCCCCCACGCCAAGCCAGCCUCCCUUGCCAAGCCUCCUACUGCCCCUGACGCCAAGACACACACCAGCACACCAACACCCACCAAGCCCUCCCCGCCUAUCCCCGCCACUCCCCCGUCACCCCUCCACACCCAGCCCCCGGCCACCACCGCCACCACCACCACUACCAAGCCCCCUGAACCACCACCAGACUGCAAGUCUCAGCCCAAGGCCCCAGGCCUUCCCAUCACCCCCAGGGUCACCCAGUCAGCCCCAUCCCCUGAAGCAAAGCUUCCACAGCCCCCCACCACCAGACCCGCCACCCAGGACCCGUCACCACGACCCCCGUGCCCCCCGCCGCUCCCUGCGGACUCCUCUUCAGAGGAUCCCGUGGUGGUGUAUGAGAAGACCACCAGCGGCCCCCCGCGCUGCUCCCCUCCAGGCCGACGCCACCCUGACCACGUCCCCGCCCGUGCCCCGGUCCCCGCCCCGCCCCCACGCCCGCCGCCCGUUGUCGAGGAGGAAGUGUUGAUCGUAGGUGAAGGACGCGCCGCCCAUUCACCGCCCAGCAGCAACGUCAGCCUCGCCCCGGGAUGUGCCCGGCCCCCGCCUGGCGAGUGCCCACUGCCUAGGGAGGAGGCCCCAGGCACCACCGCCACCCCCGUCCCCCCCAGCAGCAGUAACAGCAGGAGACUCUGCCGCGACGAUGUGCUGCUGACCAGGACCGACGGGCCGCUAUCCAGGCAUGAUGCAACCCACGCCCACGCCCACGCCCUAGCCAGGACUGUGCUGAGCCCCGCGCUGACCGUGUGUGUCACCAGCGCCCCGCCGCCCUCCGCCACCGCCGCCGCGCCCCGCCCCUCGUGGGCCAGCGACGGGCCCAAGCUGAACCACAGCAGCGGCGCGGCGCGGAGCCUCAGCCCCGGCGGAGAGGUGGCGGGCGUGGCGGGCGGCCGCGCCGUGACCAUCACCGCCACCAGCGGCCCCGGCCCCGCCUGCCCCGCUAGAGUCGCCUCGCCGCCCUCCGUCAGCAUCACGGCCGUGCAGCAGCAGCAACAGCAGCACGUGGCCGCCACGCCCGCCAGGAUGGACCACUGUGACGGCUCCAGCGACUCGGGCGUGAGCGUCACCGAGCGCUCCGUGUCCCGCUCCUCUGUGCUCAGCGAUGACCGCUCCUCCUCUGCGGAGGUGAAGCCCAACACGCCAACGCCCGCCGCCGCCCAGCCCAAGGGCACCCUCUUUGUGGACCGCAAGGAGCCCGUGCGUGUGUGGCGCGACCCGUCCGUGCUGUCCCAGUCUGAGCAGGCCGUGCGCCACAUCCACUCCGUGCAGCACAGCAGCAUGUCCCAGCACUUCCCCCCCCACCUCACCGCCCCGCCACCCGCGGCACCGGCAGCCGCCGCUGCCGCCGCCGCCCACGCCCCGCCCCACCACGGACCACACUCCCAGCCGCCCGUGUCCAUGGGCCAUGGCAUGCCGCCCACCCUCCCAUAUCCCGCCCACCCAGCCGCCGCCAGCGCGGGCGUGCCGCCCCCGCUGCACCUGCCCCCGGGGUUGCAGCAACCACUGGGGGGUCUGUACCCCUCCAUUCCCCACGAGAUGUGGAAGCAGCUGGCGCCCGUGCCCACCCUGCCGCCCCACGCCUACGCCGGCAUCCUCCACCAGGGGGAGCUCAUGCACCUGGAGAGGGCCAGGGAGCGAGAGCGCGCCGACCAGGAGAGGCUGCUCAGCGGCCGCCAGCUCAGCGCCAACUGCCUCAGCCACCAGUCUAGCAUUGGGAACAAGGGAGGAGGGAUACGGCGUUGCUCUCUCCUGUCGGUGUGGGUCUCUGUGUGUGUGCCGCUGCUUGUCGUGGAUGAGAAAUGUGUGCGAGAUGUACACGGUGACGAUGAUGUAAGUGUAGGAUGGUUUGUGGCGACGUGGCGCCUUGUAGAAGCUUGA